CCUCAUCCUCCCCCCCCCCUCCUUACGAAAACACAGGCAGCUACAAAAGGCCCCCCGGGCCCGGGCUGCUCCUCUUGGACCCCAUAAGCCCCCUUGUUGUGUGACUGUGAAGAGGGAUAACUCUCGGCUUCGCAGUAGACCAAUCGGGCGGAGCGGUCCGUGGAUAACAGCAGCGAAACACAAUCCGGUGUCUCACGCACACACACACACACACAGAGAGAGAGAGAGCGAUGGGCAACUCGACGGGAAGCACCGUGGACGACCUGCAGGCGGUGGAGAUGCACCUGUGGUACAAGAAGUUCAUGACCGAGUGCCCCUCGGGUCAGCUCACCCUGCACGAGUUCAAGCAGUUCUUCGGGCUGCGCGGGUUGGACCCGGAGGCCAACGCCUACAUAGAGCAGAUGUUCCGCACGUUCGACAUGAACAAGGACGGCUACAUCGACUUCAUGGAGUACGUGGCGGCCCUCAGUCUGGUGAUGCGGGGGAAGAUGGAGCACAAGCUGCGCUGGUAUUUCAAACUUUACGACGUGGACGGCAACGGCUGCAUCGACCGCCACGAGCUGCUCAACAUCAUCAAGGCCAUCCGCGCCAUCAACGGGAACGAAAGUCAGGAAACCUCCGCCGAGGACUUCACCAACCGGGUGUUCGACCGGAUCGACAUAAACGGAGACGGGGAGCUCUCCUUGGAUGAGUUUGUGGCCGGCGCACGCAGUGAUGAAGAUUUCAUGGAGGUGAUGAUAAAGAGUCUGGACCUCAGCCACAUCGUGACGAUGAUCGACAACAGGAGGCACAGCGUCUAGCCCCCCCCCCCACAUCACACGCCACCUCGCCCUCCGCCGUGUAACCCGGGGGCCUCUGGGUAUGAGGUCAUUUAUAGACUGAGACCGAAGGACUCCAGUGUACUGAAACAGUGACACACGUGCACUUCAUAUGCGGUCAAGUCUGGCAAACUGGUCUUUCUUAUCGGUGCUGAGCGUUUUGUUUACUAAGCUUGUACCUUGAGUUUAAUGUACUGGAUAUAAAGCGUGCUGCAGGUUUACAGUUUAUCAAAUACUCAUUAGUAUAAAAUGUACCUUUUUACACAACAAAUCUUGAUAAAAGCUUGUUUAUUAUCUCAAUUACAGUAUCAUAUCUGACUCCAGCACGAUGGCGACACAUCUCAGGAACAAACUCCUCCCCUCCAGCGAGGUGAGGAUUCACCUGCAUGGUGUCAGAAAAUGCUGAACCUGCAGGAUGAACCAUAUUAUGAAGCUAUGUCACACCUUGAUUAAACAAAUUUAACAGAACCGUUGAACAAAAUAUACAAAGUAAAGUUGCCAUUGUGGCGUUUAUUUUAUACAAAUGAAGAUCUGUACCACAUCCGGUCAUAAGAGAAGAGAAGCUCGUUCAGCAACCACAGGGGGGCAGCGACAUAAUGGGAUUAACAUUCCUCCAAAGACGUUUCCACCAUUAGUCUGAGCGCUUCCUUUUGCUCGUCUUUUAAUACAUAAAUAACUUUCGUCUUGCG